CAGGGAAGUGGCCUAACUUCUCGUAGCAGGUGUCUUCAGAGGAACUCAUUGGAGGCGUGAGGAGGGGGAAUCUGACAUGCCGUAUUUCCCUCUUUUCCUCCUUGCGUGCAUUUAAAUGUUUGCAAAAAUGGUUUCUAAGUUGACAUCUUUGCAACAGGAGCUUUUAAGCGCCUUAUUGGACUCCGGAGUUACUAAAGACGUGCUUCUUCAAGCUUUGGAGGACCUGGACCCAAGCCCGAGCGGUUUUGGAGCUAAACUAGAUAGUCUGCAGAUGUCACCGUCCAGUUGCAAACUGAAUGGGAGUGAUACGGAUUCAAAGCCGGUUUUUCAUACGCUGACCAAUGGACACAGUAAAGGAAAGUUAUCAGGGGAUGAGGGCUCGGAGGACGGGGAUGAUUACGAUACACCACAGAUAUUAAAAGAGCUGCAGUCUCAAAACACAGAGGAGGCAGCAGAACAGAGGGCAGAAAUCGACCGCAUGUUGGCCGAGGACCCGUGGCGCGCGGCCCGCAUGAUCAAAGGUUACAUGCAGCAGCACAAUAUUCCGCAGCGCGAGGUGGUGGAUGUGACGGGCCUCAAUCAGUCCCACCUGUCGCAGCACCUGAAUAAAGGCACGCCGAUGAAAACGCAGAAACGCGCGGCGCUCUACACCUGGUAUGUGAGGAAACAGCGCGAGAUUUUGCUACAAUUUAACCAGACCAACCAAGGCUCUGGUAGCAACAUGUUGGACAAAGGCAAUCAGGAUCAAGUGCUACUUUUUUUCUCAGAGUUUAGUCAAUCUGGACAGGGUAUGGUGCAGCCAGGGGAUGAUGCUGGCAUUGAACCUGCUUGCAAGAAGCUUAGACGCAACCGCUUCAAAUGGGGACCUGCUUCCCAACAGAUCCUCUACCAGGCUUAUGAAAGGCAGAAGAACCCCAGUAAAGAGGAGAGGGAGGCACUGGUGGAGGACUGUAACCGGGCUGAGUGCCUACAGAGAGGAGUAUCACCAUCUAAAUCUCAUGGGCUUGGCUCCAAUCUGGUCACAGAGGUGCGAGUCUACAACUGGUUUGCAAAUAGGCGGAAGGAAGAGGCCUUUAGACAGAAGUUGGCUAUGGAUGCCUACAGUGGACCAACUCACAGCAUUAACCCCCUCCUAUCUCACAGCUCUCCACAUCACCCACAGACCAGCAGCUCCCCACCAAGCAAGAUGCAAGGUGUCAGGUACAGCCAACAGGGUCCCGGCGAAGUCAGUUCCUCCACAGCUAUCAAUCACCAUAGCAGCAAUGCCAUGGCGACCAGCCAGUCAGUGUUACAGCAGGCCUCUCCGGGGACCCUGGACCCCAGCCACAGCCUCCUGUCACCUGAUGCCAAGAUGAUCUCGGUAUCAGGUGGAGGCCUUCCUCCUGUCAGCACACUGACCAGCAUUCACGCAUCCCACCACGCACCCCAGCAUACCCCCAAUCUCAUAAUGCCCCUCUCUGGAGUCAUGGCCAUCGCACAGAGUUUGAACUCAUCACAGGCACAGACAGUACCCGUCAUUAACAGCGUUGCAAGCAGUCUGGCAGCGUUGCAGCCUGUACAGUUCUCGCAGCAGCUGAACAGUCCUCAUCAGCAGCUUAUGCAACAGUCGCCUGGCCACAUGAGCCAGCAGCCCUUUAUGGCCUCCGUCUCACACUCACACAUGUAUUCACACAAGCAGGAGCCUCCCCAGUAUUCUCACCCUUCUCGUUUCCCCCCCACCAUGGUGGUGACGGAUGCCAACAGUCUCAGUACCCUGAGCUCAAUGUCCUCCAGCAAACAGGAUGCUCCUGUAAACAAGAUGAUGCAACUAGGGGGUCUCUCCUGGUGUCCGCUGCAGGCCUGGUGAGCAUAUACACCUGACUUCUUUGACACCUAGCAACAGGAGCACAUCCUCCCCAUUCCCCCUCAUCACACCCGUAUCUGUGGCAACCCCUAAUAAGUGCUAAUAGCACACUGGACAAUGAGUUAGUCAAUAAACCAGGGGCUGCGGUUGAGGGCGGGAUGGACGCUGUGAGCAGACCACAAUCAAACACUGUUGGUUAGUUUUGUUUUAUCGUAGAGUGACAAGAAGAAUGGUUGUCCUAGGUUGUAUGAUCAACAAGGGGAAGAUGCCAUUUCACACAAAAACUUUUAGUGACAGUAUUUGAUUUCCCAGCAUGGAUGGAAAUAAAAAUUCAAUGAACAUGGAUCAUCCUGCAAUUUUGAAGAACAAAUGGAUAGGAAAUAUACACAACAUGGUCAGAUAAAGCUACAGAUACAAAGACAUACUGGAAGUCCAAAAGUGCUCCAGUGGAAAGACACCCAAUGUGCUUGUCAAUGGACAGAAUGGUUGCUUUGCACAGACGGUUCCUGGAAUAGGACCACAAUAUGUGUCCAAGUAUUUCUAAACAUGCUCAAUGAAGGCAUAAUUGAACUGCUGAUACAAUGACAAUCAUAAAUGUUAACCUAGAAGCAACAGUGGGGCUUUAUAAUGUAUGACUUUGAUGAAAUUAAGUCUUCCAUGAGAUCAGCAUGCAUAGACAAUGUUCUGUACAGUUGGAUGUAAAUAGAAGCAAUUAUUUUAUUAUUAUGUCAUUAGUCUGAAGUAUGUAAAUAUUUGAUAGUCCAUGUGGCGUGCUGUUUUAUUUGUCUUGCUGAACAUGUAAACUGCAAUUCAGGACAAUCUAUGGAACAGGAAGGAAGUGUUAGACUAUAUGCAGUGUGUUAGAGAACACAGUUUGGAUGUGUGGCGGGGCCUGUGAAGUGGUAUUUCAACUUUGCUAAAAGUAAGAUAGAAAGAUAAAUGUUAAAGCACAGUCAACAAAACAUGAUAAAAAGGACUUCAAUGGACAUACUGAUCUUUCAACUUUGAAUAUCGGCAUUAGUGUUGUCAUUCAGAUAGAUAAGAAUCGAUUAUCUGUGCCAGCGUUCACAUGGAAUUCCAUGGCAUGACAAACCCUCAUCCAAGUAAUACUGGAUUAGUGCUGAGAGACGGUCAAUCAGAGAAAGAGAUAACUCUGUCUACUCGGACAUGAAUCAUGGUGUUCCUUCCUAAUCUAAAUACUGACCCACAAUCAAGCGGUUAUUGUCACUGGUAAAGGAAUACAUGGUAAAAUGGAAAAGAGUCUUCUGCUGAAUUGGUCCAUUGUGAUCAGUAGUAAUUUCAUUAAAGUUGGGAAAGAAGUUGUGUCAGCCAGGUGGCCAUUUCAAACAGUAUUACCUUCUCACGCAACUCUGAACUACCAGGAAGCAUUGUGAAAUAGUUUUUAUUGGGAUUGUCAAUAGUUUUCUUACACAUUUACUGGCACAUUUUGAUAAAAUGAAGAAUGACAUAUUUCCCUUUCCCUUUCUGUCCUGUAUGAGAGUUUUAAUACUUUUCAAAAGGUCACUUCAAAGUUUAUUGUUUUUUUUAACAUUGUUGACUAUGUACCCACUGCCAGUUGACCUGAGGCUACAGUACUGGUGUAUUCUCCUGUUUUAUGGUGGAUUUAUACAAAAUGUGAUUCUCUCCUCGUAUUAUUUUUGUAUAAAAUGAAAUCAAUCUUUUAAAAUCAUUAUUUAUGCUUUAUGGAGAAAACAAAGUUGAUGUUGAAGUAAAUAAUUUUUCUCCAAGA